AUGAUGAUUGUCGGGGCGAUGCCCCUUGCUCGGCAGGCUUCCCCCUCCCCCCGGGUUGCAGUGGUUACUGCCAAUGUUACCAGUUACAUGAAUGUGCUGACCUACAAGCCCACCCAGAGAGACUUCUACCAGACUCCAUUCAAUCAGGCUGUUGUGUGCACCUAUACCAAACCUGCUGGCUGGACUCCUCCAGUGUAUAACCCUGCACUUGGGGAUGCCUCUGGGUUUGGGAAGCUGGAGUUUACCAUGGGGAUUAUGAAUGAUGACUUCUCAGCCCCACGCACCUCCAGUCUGUUCUUCCUGGGCUCCCCCAUCAACAUCGCGGCUGCAGUGAAGCAGCAAUUCCACAUGCCGCUGAUGGUCUACAUGGAAGAGUGUGUCGCUGCCAGCACUCCAGAGCUGAGCCCUUCAAGCCAGACCUACCUGCUCAUCACCAACCACGGAUGCUUUGUAGAUGGACAGGCUGGUAACUCCAGGUUUCUGCCCCGAGUCCAGACCUCUGAGAUCCGUCUGGUUGUCCAGGCCUUCAAGUUUAUACAACUGAAUGCAGAUGUGUAUAUCCAUUGCCGCUUGCUGGCUUGGGACCCUGCCCAGCUCAAUGACCCCACCAAGAAAGCCUGUUCAUUCAACCAGAGAACCAGGAGCUGGGAGCUCCUGGAUAACCCUGGUCGGAGCUCUGUGUGCCGCUGCUGUACCUCCAACUGCAAUCUGAGGAAGAGGAGGGACACGGUUUUCAUCCAGCACCCUCUUGGCCUGCCCCCUGGUGUAGUGACUGGUACUGCCUGCUGUAAAGCAACAGGUCCUGUUUUCUAA